CACAUUUUAGUUUUCGUUCAGGCUGCUGUUCGUUUCGUUCAUCUCCAAAUCACUUAUGUUCUCUCUCGUGACUGCCGUGUCUCACCUAACCAAGAUUUCCUCUUACACCAUCCCGUUACAAAGUUCCUGCAAGUUGACAAUCUUGAAGGCAGUAUGGUUGUAUUAUCUCAUAACACGACUUUUUAUCCACGCAACUUCUCGUGUGAGCUUGUUGUGCAUUCACCGAUUGAGAAUGCCAGAAUUAUGAUGAAAAUUGAGGAAUUUUAUGUCCCCUCUAAGACUCGCAAUUGUGUUGAGAAUUACUUAUAUGUAUUCGAUUCUAAUACAGCAAAGCCCAAGGCUAUGACAGAAGCUGGUGGAGAACGUGGUUUAUGUGGACCGAAUUAUCCGAAGUAUCUUAUAUUUACGACAAAGUCCUACAUAUGUUUAGCUUUCCAGACACAGGCUGUAGGCAUCAAAGAUAACUGAGUCGCAACAAUUAAAUAACAAACUAACUCAGUUACCAGAUGUGUACCAUUAUACUUAGUCUAUUGAGCUAAAUUUAUACUACUUUCCCUCCUCUUAUUUGAAGUAGACGAAGCGAUUUUGAACUUGCAAUAUACUAACUGAGGCUAACCCUAUAACAACUGAUCUACAGCUCUAUGGUCCAAUUGUUUAUCAGUUCGUCGUUCUUAUGCAGUCUGUCUGAGUGAAGCGAGGUGAUUUUUUUAACAAUUGUAAAUAUAACGAAAUAAAAAUUGACCCGUAGAUCCAAACACUAUUCUCAGCCAUUUGAGUGUAACAAAGACCUGGUUUUCAAUCGGUUCAUAUAUUUUUAUUGGUCGAGUACUUGGUUAUUUGUUAUAAAGGUUUUGUUUCUCAUCACAACUCUACUCAAAUAUGUUAUCUCAGGUGUGUCCUUAUUUAACUUGUCUACAUUGACAUAUUAAAAUAAUUCACAUUAUCUUGUUCUCAGUACCUCAUCUCAACGACCUCCCAUUUUACCCGGUGUGAAACCUGGAUUUCGAGUUAUUCUUACUGCAAUUCAAGAAAGUAAGUCUACUAAGAUAACUUACUAAUACAUCUUUGAUACACUUUACUCCAUGUCAUUCCCCUUGUAAUUAGUUGUCAACUGAUAACACCUGUAUAAUUUGACGUGAGAACAAAGACUGGUAAUUUAACUCUCAAAUUCUGAUGCGCUUUACACAAAGUUGUGUUCUCCCAAAUUCUAAUCUUCUGAAUUCUUCAUGUCCCUUUCUUCCUCUUUCCAAAUUUAUUUCACUGGAUUAUACUUUUUAAAUAACAUCUUCAAACCCUAAUCUUCCCGAUUACUGCUUAUACUCUUGCUACCUCUACCACUACGGGAUUUGAAUCGACAACUGCAUCUCUGUGUUAAGGUGGUGUGGCAACUCGAACUGAUGUACGUACGUACGAAGUUCUACGUUGUUACUGACUGACUGACUGUGUAGAAUUGCUGCGUUAAUAUGGAAGUGGUUAUUCGCAUGUGAAAUAUUCAAUGUUUUUUCCGAAUAGUACAAUUUCGUACUUAGUCGCUAGUUGCAUUGAAUGCCUGAGAAUAUACUCCCAGUUUAUAAAUCCCAUUUAAAUGUAGGAUGUUUUGGUCAUUCGUCUGGUUACACCAUCAAGUGCGAUAUUAAAAAUGUAGUUCAGUGAAAUUUAUUAACUCAUCCUAGAUACAUGUCGCAACCUAGAAAGUACUGCGAAACGAUAGCUUCCUAUUUGCUCCACGUUUCCUUUUGUUUAUUCUUUUAGAACCAUUGAUAUCAUUAUUUCAAAUCUUUCGACUUUAUUCUUGGUAAUUUCUUCAUGUACUGACAGUGUGCUAAUUUGGAUCAGGUGAUACAUUUUUUACGAAUGGACUACCGAAGAAUUUCUGUUAUAACCUAGCGUAUAUAAUUUCAAAUGUAGUAUUCUGCCGAACAUCAGCAACGUGAUAUAUUUACUACCUUAGGCAUUACUAGUUUUGAAUUUCUGUUAUUGUACUCAGUGCGAAGCACAUUUUUGCGUAGUUCGAUUUAACAAAUAUAACUUACUGCAGGACGAAAAGAUUCUUCGGUAUGCAGCUUAGCAAGUGAUAUCAAAUUCAAAUUAUAUUCGGAUUUGUACUAUCAGGAACCGUUGCAUUAACCGCUUAACCAAAACGUCACGUACUGGAUAAUCUUGAUAAUAUUCAACUCACCGAUUCACAGUAACUCAAUUCAAAUUGGGUUUAUCCGAAUUUACUUCCUACCCUAACUACAAACCAUUGUAGCAAAGCCAAGACGGAUAAUUAAAAAUCGAGUUAGUAAGUCACUUAUGAUUAGUGGAUUUUUCAACGUGUCGUCCUUGACCAUCAGAAUUUGAUUUUUUUAUCCAUACUUUAAGAAUUCCUAAACGUCCUUUUUGACAAGGUCUGUUUAAAAUCUCAAGAAACAAAGCAUUUUUCAUAAUAUUUAUCUACACCGCUUUAUAAACUAUUUUUUCUCAUUUUAACAGCUCGAAAUAGUAGUUGUCCAUCAAGCAACUUUUACUGCAGUGCAGUUCCUCGUUUCAUGGGGGCAAAUUCUAUGAUAACAUCAACUUCACUUAGUGCAGAUAGCCGGUUGUAUGGAUCAUUCUUAUCUCCUCCUCAAUAUAUCCGUAGUUUAGAUGACGACAGAUUUCCACCUAAUCAUGAUAAACAAUAUAUGGGAUAUUGUAUUACAAAGAAGAGUUUAUGCGAUGGUAUUAUGAACUGUGAAGAUAGGAAAGAUGAAGAUAUUUCUCAUUGUCAAGCUUUUAUUGAUCCAUUGUAUUAUACACCACCACCCCAUGGGGCAUUUAAUGUUCCCCCUGCCAGCAUCGUAACAGCAAGUAGCAGUCGAACUGGAACAACUAGCGGUGGUCCACGUGAAUCUGUAAAGUCAGGACGUGAUCAAUCAGUUCCUACAAUGGGUUAUAACACUUCAGGGAAUGGAAGUGGUAUCGGAAUAUGUAAUCAACAGUUAGAUGGAGUAGAAUCAGUAUUACAUACUAAUACGCCUAUAGAAUCUAUAUCACAUGGCGGUGACCUUAGCUUGAAUGGCGGUAUCCUUUAUUCGGGUAACAUGUACAGACCUUUAUCUCCACAAAAUUCCAGUUUAUUUCAAGUAGAGAAUCUUGGUCGUAGUUCAGUUACUACCACCGGUAGCGGUAGUUCAUGUGAUCGAAAAUCUCAUCACUAUUUUCUUAGAGAAAUAAAGUCUCAUCAUGACGACACUGAAGCAUAUCUACAGAGAAAUCCUCAUCAACAGUCUACUUAUGAUUUAUUUAAGAAAAGUUCUAGACGUUCAAAAACAUCCUCUCGUCUUCAACAUCACCAUCAUCUAAAAUAUAAGUCAAUUGAUCCUAAUCAUACUAUUUCGAUUGGUUCACAUACAUCAGCUAGUUCACGUUCUGGUGCUUUGCUUAAUUUACCCCAAUUAACUUAUGAUGCUCACGAACAACCUUUUAGUCGAUUUCUAAUAUCUGCUGUAACAACUAUUUCUAGUGAUACUGGACCAUCAAACCACCAACCUAUAGUAUUCCCUGUACAGUUGUAAACGUGUGUACAGCCGUUAAAAACCAAAUCAGUAAUGCUUCAGGAUAUUUAUUUUGAAUUUUCUUCAUUAAAGUACUAGAUAUCCGUUUUAAUUAUUACCUAAACACAAAUAAAGUGUUGGAAAUUUUAUUUCUUGUUGUCUUUCGUUGUUGUUUAUUUGUUUGGACAAUCGUAAAAUUGUUAGUCAUGUUGUUUUCUUUUUGAUUCCAAUGUUGGUAUUUUUUCCUAAUCAUGUGUAGUUGUGAUUUCGUUGCAUUUCACCUACUUACUUGACAUUAUUGUGUUUUGUUAUAUAUGUCACUCCUUUUUUGUUGUGAAUUAGUUGUAGUAAGGCUCACGUAAUACUGUCUGUAUAUACACAGAGUUGGUUUAAGUUGUAAACAAUUUGUCUAAAAUGUAUGAAAUCUCGGUUUUAACUAUUUUUUAAACUUCAACUACAAACAGGGUUUUUUCUAUGUUGUUUUACUAUUUUAUAUGACAAACUAAUCGUACUAUGUGGACUCUCAUUUCCUACUUUUUUCCCUUGCUUAUAAGAUGUGGAUGUGUAAUAUAAAAUAACUUUUAAACUGUUUAAUUUUCUUUUUUGUCAUUUAAAAUAAUUGUGUUGAUAUCUUCGUUAUUUCUGAAGAUGUUGUUUUUCUGGAGAUCCAUCCUUUAGUCUAUUCAUAUAAAUAUUCGAGUACCAAUUAAUCGAUCAUCAGCUCAGAACCCACUCUUCUCAGAGCGCUCCGUUAGUCUAGUCAUUUUAUUUAUUCCCUCUUAUAAUUGCUAAUUUAUCUUAUAAUUAUUGUUAAUAUUGUCAGUCUUUCAUAGUGAAAUCUGAUCAGUAUUAUGUAUUUAUAUAUGUAAUUUCAAUAAAGAUCGACAUAUGUAUAAAUAUUUUCUACAAUCCACGAGAACCAUCAAUUUUAACAUUAGGUUACAUUAACAUGUAUUUUAUUCACACACAAGUACUAUUCUAUACAACUUGUUUGUUUUUUUCAGGUUAUUUAUUUAGUAUUUUCGCAUUUAUAUGCCAUAUUUACCGUUUUGUUGAUUGUGUUGCUACUUUUAUUUGAUCAGUAAUAAAUUUUCUUUUUAAAGAUAAGUA